AUGGCGCUCGCCGACGAUCCAUGGCUCAAGGUCUUCGCGUUCCCCGACUUCGCGCACAUGAUGGACAUGUCUUACCCAGAGCGGGUGCGACAUUCUUGUUGUGCCUUGCAAGACGUAGCUUUCAAACUGGAGGCUCCUGCAUGGGCCAGCCGCGUGAACACGGCAUGCUUCGCAGCGUCAUUGAACUUUGAGGACAUAUGUGCCCUAGCAGAUCAGCCUAUGGAUGCCUCCUGUACAGCGGGAUCGACCCAGUCAGUUUCGGAGGAGGCAGCCCUCAUUUGCCUGGCGGGAGCCCUCGACUUCGGCUCGGGCUGGCGUGAGGAACUCCACCUUCAUCAUGGCUUGGGCCCCUGGCAGACAGUGCGGGCUGGGAUGGACAACAUCAUUGCGGCGUGCCCAGACAUGAGGGCGGAUUGGCUCUACAGCUUGCGCAUGGUAGAUGUUGCCAAGUACUUCGGCCUUCAGAGCGAGGCCUUGCAUGAGUUUGUGCAGAAGCUACAUGUUGUCCUCCGAGAGUUGGGCGAGACCUUGCUGGAAAAAGGUUAUCCGAACCUCCAGGAAUUCGUCAUGUUCUCUGUGGAUGCCUUCUACCAAGAUGAAACCGCAGCUGCUAAACUGGUCCAGGUGCUGGCAGAGACCUUCCCGAAUGCCUUUCAGGACUUUGACCAGUUCAGUGGCCUGCCGAUUUACUUCUACAAAAAAGCGCAGAGUGUGGUGAACGAAUUGUACGAACGUUUUCAUCUUCGGGAUGAUCGCUUUGACUUCGCCGACGUCAGACUGAUGACGGCCAACGUGGACCCGUUGGUGAUCAGCGUCCUACGUAGGGAGCACGUGGUGAAAACCACCCUCGAGCUUGCUACAAAGCUGGACAUGCACGCUCCCCUUCCCAGUGGAGGGAGGGCAGAGGUUGCUUUGCGUGCUGCAGCUACUGCUGCUUUGGAAGACAUUGCUUCGAUCGGAAAGCUGAAGGGGUACGAUGUUUCACCAUUGACUCUCGGAAAUUAUCUUUGGGCUUGCUUGGGACACAUUGACAAGCCGCUUUGUUUCGCGCGCCAUAUCACGAAAGACACCACAUAUUAUUGA